AGGAUGCUACACUUACCGCAGCUCCGCCAGGGCGUGAUUGCGCUUUUCAUUUGGCUCGCGCACUUAAUGGAACAACAUAAAGUGCAAGCUGGCAACUGCUGGCUUCAGCAGGGAAAGAACGGAAGAUGCCAAGUGUUAUAUAUGUCUGGGAUGAGCCGGGAGGACUGCUGUAAAAGUGGCCGACUGGGGACCGCAUGGACCGAGGAGGAUGUGCCCAAUAACACGUUAUUCCGAUGGUUGAUCUUCAACGGUGGUGCCCCAAAUUGCAUACCAUGCAAAGAAACGUGUGAUAACGUUGAUUGCGGUCCUGGAAAGAGGUGUAAGAUGAACAAGAGGAACAAACCCCGUUGCGUCUGCGCCCCAGACUGCUCCAAUGUCACAUGGAAGGGUCCAGUGUGUGGCUCAGAUGGCAAAACCUACCGUAAUGAGUGUGCACUCCUCAGAGCCAGGUGCAAGAGACACCCUGACCUCACAGCUCAGUACCAGGGCAAGUGCAGAAAAACAUGCCAUGACGUUCGAUGCCCUGGAAGCUCCACGUGUGUAGUCGACCAGACCAACAACGCCUACUGUGUGACAUGCAACCGCCUGUGCCCAGAGGUGACAUCACCAGUGCAGUCCCUCUGUGGGAACGAUGGGAUUGUAUACUCCAGUGCCUGCCAUCUAAGAAGGGCCACAUGCAUUCUUGGGAGGUCUAUUGGGGUGGCAUAUGAAGGAAAAUGCAUAGACGCCAGGUCAUGCGAGGACAUUAAGUGCCGGGAAGGCAAGAGGUGCCUGUGGGAUUCUCGGACGGGUCGGGGCCGCUGUUCCGUGUGUGAGGACGUCUGCCCGGAGAGUCGCCCUGGUGACAGUGUGUGUGCCAGCGACAAUACCACCUACCCCAGCGAGUGCGCCAUGAGGCAAGCAGCCUGUUCACAAGGCCUAGUCCUGGAGGUCAAACACUCUGGCUCCUGCAACUCCAUUACAGAGGAGCUGGAGGAAGAGGAGGAGGAGGAAGACCAGUACUACAUGGAUUACGUUCAUGUAUCUCCACUAUAA